GACUUAUGAAGCUUUCCCCUCACUUAGACUGCAUGCUGGCAAAUCAAAUGAGGUUCCUCUGCCUAUUCCUAGGAUUCUUAGGUGUCACACCACAAAAAUGGAGCGAUUUACUGAAGGUUGUGCACCCUUACAUCAUCCCUACAAUGCGUGAGAUGGAGCAGGACUACAUGAAAGACUUCUUGGCAUUUGAUGAUGAGGUUGAUGAUCCCACCAUAGAUAAAUUGAAGACUGAAUUGGAAGGCGUGACCAUAUUGGUUACAUCACAGAAUGGCUCGAAGGCUCCUAGUAGGUUGAGAAAGGAGCCCAAGGAGAAUUCUGAUGAGGAUGCUCAUCAUGCCUUGAAGCGUAGUAGUAGGUUUGAAAAGGAGUCUAAGGAGCCCUCAUAUGAUGUGAAAGAUAUUCAAUCAGAAGAUUUUGGUGGUAAUGUUGGCAUUGGGACUUCUAGGGGUCGUGCCGCACCAAGAGGGGGACCAUCAAUGCCGAUAGAGCAUGUGAAACUGUAGCAGCGUUUGGUGAAGAUGGAGGAGUCUCUGAAUGUUGUUCUCGCUUAUGUGGAGGUAGAAAAAUUUAGAAGGAGCAAGAAGCCGAAGAAGAAGAAUCAGGGGACUGUCAAAG